UAUGAAUCAGUCAUUAAUUCGAAACUUACGUAUCAGAACAACUUCCGCUGACAUUGAGUAUCUUCUGAGUUUGACGGCGCAGAGACGGCAAUCCGAACUUGCCAUGCUUCGUCCACAGAGCCUUACACGGGUGUUAACAAAAUGCAGGCGAUCAAGUUCGUUGCCGUUAAGGACGUUCUCUUCAAGAUCGGUAGUUUUCUCAAGGGGCAUUAGCAAACUGAGGGGGUGUUCUCAAAUUUCAAAAGGAAGUAAUCUUUUAAGAAUAUCAGAGAGCAAUGUAUUCAACAGAUAUUACAGCUCCGAAGAUUUACCUAGCCAUGUUAAAGUAGUGCUCCCUGCCCUGUCUCCCACUAUGGAGACAGGGACGAUCAGUAAAUGGCAGAAGAAGGUGGGGGACAAGGUGUCAGAGGGGGACCUGCUGGCUGAUAUAGAAACAGACAAGGCCACAAUGGGGUUCGAGGCAUCUGAGGAGGGAUACAUUGCCAGGAUCUUUGUAGAGGAAGGAACUAAGGAUAUUCCUAUUGGAAAGCUACUGUGCAUAAUAGUGGAAGAGGAAGGUGACGUCGAGGCCUUCAAGGACUACGUACCAAAACCAGAAGAUGACCAGCCACCAGGUGGCCUUCCAGAAGCUUCUAAACCUGCCCCCACACCACCCCCUCCUCCCAAGGCAGCACCCCCUCCACAACCCCCCAAGGCAGCAACCCCACCUCCUCCCCCUACCACCCCCCAACCACCAGCCCCGGUGGCAGCUUCUGCACAACCUGUGUCAGGGGGUGGCAUUCCAGCGACACCAUUUGCUAAAACACUGGCCGCUGAGCGAGGGGUGGAUCUUGCUAUGGUUACAGGAACUGGUCCAAAUGGAGUCAUUCAGGCGGACGAUGUCCUGCGAUUCCAAGCACCUGCCGUACCCUCUGUUGUAGUCACACCUGGGGCAGAGUACACCGACAUUGAACUCACCGGCAUGAGAAAGACAAUAGCCAAGCGGUUGUUGGAAUCUAAACAAACUAUUCCUCACUAUUACCUCACAAUAGAUGUCAACAUGGAAAAUGUCAUACAAUUAAGAAAAGAACUAAAUGAGGUUCUUUCGGGAGAUAAAAUUAAGCUUUCUGUAAAUGACUUUAUAAUCAAAGCCUCGGCACUGGCAUGUAAGAAAGUACCGGAGGCAAACUCCGCCUGGCAAGGGGAUUUCAUCAGGCAAUAUAACUCUGUGGACGUCAAUGUUGCCGUAGCUACUGAUGCUGGCCUAAUUACCCCAAUAGUUAGCAGAGCUGAUAUAAAAGGACUUUCCAAUAUCAAUCAGGAUGUCUUAUUAUUAGCUGCUAAAGCAAAAGAGGGAAGGUUACAGCCACAUGAAUUUCAGGGUGGAACCUUCACAAUCUCUAACCUAGGAAUGUUUGGCAUUAAAUCUUUUUCGGCAGUCAUCAAUCCUCCACAGGCAUGCAUUUUGGCUGUUGGUGGAGCAGAAAAGAGACUCAUUGUUGAUGAAGACAGCAAUACAGGGUACCGCGCGGCCAGCAUGAUGUCGGUAACCCUCAGCUGUGACCACCGCGUGGUAGAUGGUGCAGUUGGAGCUCAGUGGCUAGCAGAGUUUAAGAAAUUCAUGGAGAAACCAGAAACCAUGCUGUUAUAGCUGCCAUUAGUGAGAGGACUGGAAGAAUCAUUGUAGUGCUAGGGCCCCCUACAUCUAGGAGUCCUUAAUACUCUAACAAAUUUUCCUGGUGACAGAGAUUUAACAUGCUGUACACAAUCUGUGAAGGAAUCUCAGAUGAAAUGAAAUUGUUGUUGAACUAUGUUAAGAGUUUUUGUUUUGUUUUUUAAUCAAGUGCUGUUGGAGACCUAUAUAUACAUUUACGUGUAUUUAUUUCAUUUUUGUGUCUAAGGAUGAAUAAUGAGUUUGAGAUAUACAAAGUUGAGUUAUGGUCAAGCCAUAUAGUAUUUACUCUGCAUUGUUUUUAUGUAAAAUUCAUGGAUAAGUAGAAAUUAAUAAAUGUACAAAAUUGUU